AUGGAUUGGCUAUUUGGCAAGAAAAUCUCACCCGACGAGAUGCUGAGAAAGAAUCAGCGGGCAUUAAAUAAAGCUAUGCGCGACCUGGACAGGGAGCGUAUGAAAAUGGAGCAGCAGGAAAAGAAAAUCAUUGCCGAUAUUAAGAAAAUGGCAAAGGAGGGGCAAAUGGAUGCUGUAAAAAUAAUGGCUAAAGAUUUAGUGCGUACACGUCGCUACGUAAAGAAAUUCAUGCUGAUGAAAGCUAACAUCCAAGCUGUCUCAUUAAAAAUACAAACACUGAAAUCUCAAAACACAAUGGCGGAGGCAAUGAAAGGCGUCACAAAAGCUAUGCAAAAUAUGAAUCGGCAGCUUAAUCUGCCACAAAUACAAAAAAUUUUGCAUGAAUUUGAAAAACAGUCCGAAAUUAUGGACAUGAAAGAGGAGAUGAUCAAUGAUGCGAUAGACGAUGCUAUGGAAGACGAAGGAGACGAGGAGGAGACAGAUGCUGUAGUCAAUCAAGUAUUGGACGAGUUGGGAUUACAGCUUGGCGAACAAUUAGGAGAUUUGCCUACUGCUAGUGGAUCGUUAUCGAUUGCAGCUGGCAGUAAAGCUACACCAGCAGCUGUGGCCGCUGGUGGUGUAGGCGGCGGUGGUAGUAGUAAUGGUGGUGGUGCCGCUGCUGCUGGUGGCAGUGGGCCGUCAACACCGAUGUCGGAUGCUGAUGCAGACCUGCAGGCACGUUUGGAUAAGUUACGUCGGGAUUAAGGUGCUCUUAUUUGCUUGGCUUUAUGAAUGCUUUAAAGAGUUGAAAAACAAAAAACAAACUAUGGGCACGAAAUAAUUCAAACAAUAGUUUUACCACUGCAAAUUUAUGCAGGAAGAGCACUAAUUAAUUAUUCAGGAAUUUUAUAAAAUUAAAAUCUAUAAAAAUAAAUUAGUUGUACAAAUUGUUAAAAUUAAUUUGAAUUGCAUUUAAAGUUAUUCCUUCCACUUUGCUCACAAUUUUCUAAAUGCAAUUAAAAUGUUAACAUUUUAUCUUUGCGAUAAACACACGAAUAAACAUGAAUCAUUC